AAAAGCUUAAGAACACUGUAGAAGCAGCAUUUAUGACUGUAUCUUCAUGAAACUUGGUCAGAAUGUUAAUCUUGAUGAUCUCAAGGUGAAGUUUGAAUCUGUUUCUUUAAGGUCAAAAACUAGGUCACCAGGUCAAAUCAAAGGAAAAGCUUGUUAACACUCUAGAGGCCACAUUUAUGACUGUAUCUUCAUGUAACUUAGUCAGAAUGUUAAUCUUGAUGAUCUUUAGGUCAAGUUUGAAUCUGGGUCAUGUGGGGUCAAAAACUAGGUCACCAUGUCGAAUCAAAGGAAAAACUUGUUAACACUUUAGAGGCCACAUUUCUGACCAAAUCUUAAUGAAACUUGGUCAGAAUGUUAAUCUUGAUGAUCUUUAGGUCAGUAGAUAAGGUGAGCGAUAAAGGGCCUUCAUGGCCCUCUUGUUAACACAAAAUAGAUCUGGUUUUGAAUAGUCUCCCUCCAUGUUUACUUUUUGUGAGUCGUUUAUUCAUGCGGUAGAAAUAACACGUUGCACCGGUGAAUGUAAAAGCUGUAUUGUACGGUAUGAAAACACCGUGUCAACGUCGCCUUGCAUGUUUGAUUCAAUAAUUUGCUACGAAAAAACAAUUGAUUGCUUUAUUUUUUUAAAAUGCGUGUGACCUUGAAUAGUAGGCGUGUGAGCGUGAUCUAGGGCCAAAAUACGUGUGCGUGUGUCUUGACAGGUAUGGAUCAGUAGGUCAAAAGUCAAGGUCACAGAGAACUUUAGACUGAAACAGUUUCUGAUUGAUAAAAGGGGAACGGUCAGGUUUAUAGUAGUCGAACUUCAUAGGAUCAUUACUUGUGGUCACUCACUAUAUUCAUAUAUAUACUGUCACAACAAACACAGUAUUAUUAUACUGUUCUAACAUGCAAGAUAUUAUUAUACUAUAUACUUUCACACAGAACAUCAUUAUACUAUAUAGGAUAUAAUAUAAUAAUAAUUAUACUAUCAUAACGCGAGGAAUUAUAUUAUACUGUCAUGAUAUUAUACUAUAAAUUCACACUGGGUAUUAUUAAGCAAUCGUUUCAUUUCACUCCUAUCUCCUUCGUAGUGUACAAGUAUCAGUCUUAUCAGGGUAAACAAAACGUUACACAUCGACUUAGAUACAUCAGCUGAUAAAAGUCAAAGUGAGUUUCAAAUUCUGAUAAAUCACAAGGAUGGGUGUACUAAGCUUCAAAUCCUUACUGGUGGUCGGAGUAUUGGUAGCCUUCACGGCAUACUACGCACGUCCUGUCUUCCCUGCCACGGCCAGUAAUCAUGGUCUGAAAACAUUUGUUGGAUUGAGCUUCAAGAUUAUACACAUUGUGAGUUAUGCUGGUGGAUUUCUCGGAUUUUCGCCUAUCAACAUCACUAGAGCAAUGCUGGGUGUUUCAGCCGUGUUCGAUAAACCAUCUGACACAGUAGAGUCAUUCACAACGACUAUGGACGGAAUAGAAGUUACCAUUUUUAGACCCAUUGCCAAGUCGGAAGCAUUACGUCCUGGGAUACUACAUUACCAUGGUGGCGGAUGGGUUCAUCUUUCUCCAAAAUUGUACGCUCCAUUUUGUAAGGCAGUGGUUGACCAAACUCAAAGUGUUCUAGUCUCGGUAAAUUACAGGCUUGCACCUGAACAUCUUUAUCCAACACCACUAGAAGACUGUCUCAAAGCUUCCAGAUAUUUCCUCAGAAAUGCAAAGGAAUAUGGAGUUGACGAAAACCGCGUAGGUGUCAAAGGUGACAGCGCAGGAGGGAAUCUAGCAAUGGCUGCAGCACUUAAACUGUCCAAAGAAAAAGACCUACCAAGUUUGAAAUUGAUGUCGUUGGACUAUCCCGCGUUACAGUUCUUCGAUUUUAACCUACCGUGCUAUCAAAAAUAUGAGCACGGACCAGGAUUUCUUACUAAACGUUUGAUCAUAACCUAUGCUCUUCUGCAUGCGUUUGGGCAUAUAGAAUAUUAUGACCUACUAUAUGAAGACCAUCAUGUAACGGAAGAGCUAAAGAAGUCUAAAUAUGCUCAGUAUGUUAGUAAGGAUCUGCUUCCACUUCAUAUACAAAGUGAUGCUAGAAAUUCAAGUAUGGAGGAGACAAAAGGAGACAGAAAUCGUAUGCAGGUUCCUGAUGAGCUAACAAAAAUACUUACUGAUCCAUAUUUUGCUCCUUUAAUGGCUUCUGAUGAAGACUUAGAACUCCUUCCUCCGGCGUACAUAUUUAAUGCGGAAUUUGACGUAUUGAGGGAUGAUGGAUUCUUACUUGCGGCAAGACUUGAACGGUUAGGCAAAACUGUUAAGAUGACACAUUUAGUUAAUGAAGAGCAUGGAUAUCUUAAUUUUGUAUCGAUAGAUCCUUCAGUAAUGGACGAAAUAAGAAAUUUUGCUAUGUUUUUUAAUGAUACAUUAAAAAUAAACACCUAAUUGCACAUGUGUUUUGGAUGAAAAAAAAAAUCAGCGUUUAGACUUUACUCAAUGUGUGCACUUUUGACGUUUUUUUCAACUGAUUAUAUGAAAGUGUAUACUAGCCGCUAUAUCAUUUUAAAAAUAGUUCCUCCGUAUAAACUGCAUAAGCAUGUUAGACGUCUGCCAAAUUCUCAGUUAGAAAUGUCAACUGCACUUUUUGGAUGAUUUGUACUCUUCCCCUGGGAAAAGCUGAAAUUUUUUUUUAUGUCAGAGUCUAAGAGUUUUAUGUGUACCGUAGCACAUCACAAGUCGCGCAUAUCGGUGCUUCGAACCAAUCGCAUUAAAACUAUGGUCUAUUCGCAAAGAGCUAUGGCAAUUACACUCGGAUCCACUAUAAAUGAAUCUGUUUCUUAAGCGUAAUUUUCUUCAUCAGAUUAUUGUUAAAACUGUUCUCCGCUCCUAACAUAACUGAAUAGAGGCUAAAUGACUAUAUUUGUGCAUAGCUUUGUGAUACGAACACACCAAAGUCACUUAUAUCAGGUAUAAAGGAAUCAGUUCGGCAAAACAUGUUUCUUUAUGACAUGACAAGUUCCGUAUUACCAUGUCCCAUUUAUUCUUUUUAUUCUUCCAAUCGAAAUGAAUCUUCAUAUACACCAUCAGCAUGAAGUGGACAUUUGCAUUUUAUCGAGACUUCUAUGUCCGGUUAUUUAUUCUGGAGUUAUUGCCAAUGUGAGGGAGACUUUAAGUUUGUCCUUUUUCAGUAUGAAGACAUGUUAGGUUUUUAAACUUGGUGUUGUCGCGUACUGAUUAACUCCCCUUCCUGUUAUUUUCUUCUUGACCUUCUUGGUUAGAGACCACCAAUUGUUUUCCCAUAGACUUACAUUGUAACAUUAUGGCGUGUACGGCCUUCCAUACAUCGAAACAUGUAUAUCUAAUUUCAAGUUUUUAAAGAUGUAUCUUAGUUCUACCAAAAUAUCGGAAGAAACACAUAUGAAUAGUGAUACUUUAUUUAAGUAAUUUUCGUGUGAAUGAGAUGACCCCCUGUUUACAUCAUUGACAUGGCGGGAGAAAUUCGUUUGAUAAAACUUUUUUUCAAUACACAUAAAAUGGUGCAAAUUUUGUCAGAAUGUAUAAUAAAAUACUGUAAAUGCAGUGAAAAAAUAUCAAUUUUGAAAAAAUAACCACUUCCUCGGUUUGUUUACAUGACUGACCAAUCAGAACGCACAGAUGUUACCUUAUUCCCAGGUAUAAAUUUACCUCAUUCCCAGUAAGUUCCCUGUACUUUUUUGGAUUGGUGGUCUCUGACCUCUUCAGAGAAGACGGCAACAAAUCUAAAGAUGUUGAGGAGUACAAGAAACAACACAAAAAAAUAUGAAAAACAAAUGAAAUUAAAACAACGUGAAAUUAUAUUGAAUCAUGGCACUGGCUUCCAGACCGUUCGACAACAAAAAAAUAAUAGGAUUUUUUUAGCUCACCAGGGCACAAAGUGCUCAAGGUGAGCUAUUGUGAAUGAUCGGCGUCCGUCGGCGUGCGUCGUGCGUCAACAUUUGCCUUGUGAACACUCUAGAGGUCACAUUUGUGACCCAAUCUUUAUGAAAUUUGGUCAGAAAGUUAGUCUUGAUGAUCUCUAGGUCAAGUUUGAAACUGGGUCAUGUGGGGUUAAAAACUAGGUCAGUAGGUUAGAUCAAAGAAAAUGCUUGUGAACACUCUAGACACCACAUUUUUGACCCAAUCUUUAUAAGACUUGGUUAGAAUGUUAGUCUUGAUGAUCUCUAGGUCAGAUUUGAAACUGGGUUAUGUGGGAUCAAAACUAGGUCAGUAGGUCAUAUCAAAGGAAAAUCUUGUGAACACUAGAGACCAUAUUUUUGACCCAGUCUUUAUGAAACAUGGUCAGAAUGUUAGUCUUGAUUAUCUCUAGGUUAAGUUUGAAACUGGGUCAUGUGGAGUCAAAAAAACUAGGUCAGUAGGUCAGGUCAAAGGAAAAGCUUGUGAACACUCUAGAGACAACAUUUUUUACCUAAUCUUUAUGAAACUUGGUCAGAAUGUGAGUCUUGAUCAUUUCUAGGUCAGGUUUGAAACUAGGUUAUGUAGGAUCAAAAACUAGGUCAGUAGAUCAGAUCAAAGAAAAUGCUUGUGAACACUCUAGAGAUCACAUUUGUGACCCAAUCUUUAUGACACUUGGUCAGAAUGUUAGUCUUGAUGAUCUCUAGGUCAAGUUCGAAACUGGGAAAUGUAGGGUCAAAAACUAAGUCACUAGGUCAGAUCAAAGGAAAAGCUUGUGAACACUCUAGAGACCACAUUUUAAUCCUAUCUUUAUGAAACUUAAUCAGAAUGUUAGUCUUGAUGAUUUCUAGGUCAAGUUCGAAACUGGGUCAUGUGGAAUCAAAAAAUAGGUCAGUAAAUCAGAUCAAAGGAAUAGCUUGUGAACACUCUAGAGACCACAUUUGUGUACUAAUCUUUUUGAAACUUGUUCAGAAUCUUAGUCUUGAUUAUCUUUAAGUCAAGUUUGAAUCUUGGUUAUGUUGGUAUGAUAACCCACCCAGUCACAUUAUACUGACACCGGGCUGACUAGUUCUAGCACUAUCCUCUUAAUGCUGAGUGCCAAGCGAGGGAGCUUCUAGUACCAUUUUUACGUCUUUGGUAUGACGCGGCCGGAUAUUGAACCCACGACCUCCCGCACUCAAAGCGGACGCUCUACCACUAGCCUACCGAGGCGGUAGGCCACAGUUGUAACUCAAUCUUAAUGAAACUGGGUCGAAUGCUUGUCUUAAUAAUUUCUAGGUCAAGUUCGAAUCUGGGUCAUGUGGAGUCAAAAACUAGUCCCCCGG